AUGUUGGCCAAGUCUAUCCGCGAGGUCUCCUAUCACAAUGAAACUCCUAGAGAUGAGGAACAGCCUCGAAGGCUUGCCUGCGAUCGCUGUCGUAAACAGAAAUUGCGCUGCACUCGAGAUCGAAUGGACAGCGAGUCUUGCCACCGUUGCUCUAGAGCAAACCUUGAGUGUAUGGACCGCCCACCAAUGCAAAUGGGUAGACGCAAUAAGCAUGGAAUAUCAGACGAGCUGGCCACAAAUUACAAUCGUAGGCACAAGAAGCAGAGAUCUGAGAGUACAGAAGCAAGCGUAUCAUCCACGGCUGACUCUGAUGAUGAGUUGGGUGGCCUAGACCAGACAGAACAACAGCUUGGUGACCAAGACCUAACCGCUGUAGAGCCGUCUAUGGUACAAAAUACCAACGUGGUCGAGUGGUCAGAUCUUUCAAACCUUCACGUUCUUCGUGCUGGGUAUAACAUGGAUUCUACGUCACCUACGGCUCCCAAGUUCACGCAAACCCCUAUUAAUAUGGAGGCACAUCCAGACGAGACCUACAUUGCCCAAAGUUUAAGACCUUCUGAAGGGAUUGACAACUUGAUACCGGGUAAUGUUGCGGGGCUCUUUGAUUUAACCAUGUCCUGGGAUUAUGCAAUACAGUUAGACGAAUGUGCUAUCACGUCGCACAAAUUUUCUCAACCAUAUCCUCCUCAAAUAUCAGCGUCGAAUGAUCCGAAGAGUCCUCAAAUAGGAAACAAACAGGUCACCUCUGAGGACCCAAAACCAUACACUACCCGAUCCCUUGAGCACGCCUCGAACAACCAUCAAGUAUCAGUCUUCGCAGAUGAGCCGCAUACCGAGGAAGAAUGCGUUCAGAUGCUGUGGUCUCUCAACUCGAAAAUGUCAAAGCAACUUCAAGAAAUUACUUCGGGCCUUCAGAAAAAUACCGCCAUUCCCAACACAUACUCUGAUAGUCAUGGUCGCACGGGACCCACCAAUCUCACCUCGAUUGGUGAUGUCUUGACUAGUUCUGAGAACUUCUUGGACAUCCUGAGAUUGCUCAUGAAGACUUCUAAUACAGCUUCUCAAGAAAACCUGCAUUCGCCAUCAACAGUCGAUGACUACUUUUCCUUUCGAUCUGGGAAGUACAAUGGGGAUGGUUUAGCCAGACCAAUAGUCAGCCACAGCCCCGCUGCAGAAAUCCCUCGAGAUCCACAAAUAGACACUCCUACAAUCCUUUUGAUUUUGACAUGUCAUAUUCGACUCAUCAGACUUUACAGCCAUCUGUUCUCCGGAAUACUCUCCUCUCUACCGGACAAUCCGUCAACCGCUUCUGAGCCCCUACCCAUCGCUCGGGACCUAAAGAUUGGUGACUUUCAAUUGAAGAAGUACGGAGGCCUGCAAAUCCUCAUUGUACUGAAAAUUGGCACUCACUUGCUCCACCAGGUUGAAAAUCUGUUAGAACUUCCUAAUGAGUACAUGGUAAGUGGGAGAGAGAAUGGCAGCUGUGUUUUCAGGAAGCCAGUCUCGAAGAAGUUGAUAGAAUCAAUUAUGGCACAUGAGGAAUCCAAAAAUUGCUUUGUUGGCAAAGGAGUCGUGGAAUCACUCAGACAGAGUAUAAAGGGUAUCAAGCAGGCUCUGAAAGACGGCUGA